AUGAGCAAAGUAAGUGGAUCAGCGCUCUACCGCCUGGUGCCCUCGAAAACCCUGUUCAUGCUGUGUGAUGUCCAGGAAAAGUUCAAACCGGCAAUACCGCUGCUGGGUUCCCUCAUCGAAAACACUGCAAAACUGCUGGCAGCCGGCAAGGUCUUCCAAGUGCCUCUGGUGGUCACCGAGCAGUAUCCCGAGAAGCUGGGCAACACCGUGUGCGAGUUGGAUGUGAAACAUGCCUGUGCGAAUGUUCCAAAGACCAAGUUUUCCAUGCUGGUGGAGCCUGUGCGAAAGAAAAUGACUGAUAUCUUUGGGGGCAAGCCCAAGACAGCGGUGCUUUUUGGCCUUGAGACCCACGUGUGCAUAGAGCAGACGGCCUUUGACCUGGUAAACGAAGAGAUCGAUGUCUGGUUGGUGGCCGACUGCUGUGUCUCGCGCCUCAAUCAGGAUCGGGAUUUGGCCUUAGAGCGCCUGCGUCAUAUAGGUUGCACCAUCUCGACUUCCGAGAGUGUGAUAUUCAAUCUACUGGGGGACAAGGAUAACAAAUCCUUCAAGGAGAUUGCUCCGCUGGUGAAGAAGGUCUCUGCGGAUAUGCAGCUUUGGCGCCCCUCAAAGAACUAAAGCCAGGCGGCCUUCUUUCAUGUCUUUCCGACCACUAAAGUAAACUAUCCUUG